CCAUCCGAUAAUCUAAUUCCUUAGAGAGGGAGGGGUACUGUUUAAGGUUGAAAGUCUGAUAUCUGGGGAACUCAAGGGGAACUGGAUGCUUUUGUUCCUGGAGAAUACUGAGGACUAGGGGCAAGGUAUUACCCCAGAGCUGAGGAACUAGAAAUUUGGGUCCUCUCUGUGGGGAAAGGGAGCAAAAAGGAUACAACUUAGUCUAGCCCUGGCUGGGCUCCAGCCCCUGACUCAUGCACUUUCAUUGGCACGUUUCAUCUCUGCAAUGCAGUGGGAUAGAUCAAGUAAGGGCAGCUCUAUAUCUCCCAUUCUACAUAUAGUCCCCUUGUUAGGGCUUCUUUGGAUUUUGGGGCCAAUGCAAUUGGGAACACUCUUAAGUCCUGUCUUUGAUCCCUGGUUUGCCUCACCCACAACUUACACCUUGCCCUGGGUUAAAUAUAACUCUGAUCUAAAGUCAGGGACAAGGAUACCAUUGCUUGCCUAGCCUAACGACCCUAUCCUGGAGGAAAUCCCAGGGACCAGAUCCAUGUCUUAGCCAUGAACCCUCUGUCUCACUGCUACCUGGGUUCCCUACUCCUGCUGAUAACAUGGCUUUUCCCAGCAUCUGGCUUCUUUCCCAAUAUCUGGAGCCUGGUAGCUGCCCCCAGUUCCAUCACCCAUCAGGACCUGACAGAGGAAGCUGUUCUUAAUGUUACUUUACAGCUCUUCCUGGAACGGCCACCCUCUGGCAGGAGUCCGCUCCACCUAGAGGACUUUCAGGGCCAAACACUGCUGGCUGAUGACCUCUUUGGUGCUUACUUUGGGCUUGGGACCCCAACCCGCCACUUCAGAGCAGCCCUUGGUGAGGUGGCUCGUGCCAAUGCAGCCCAGGACUUCCUUUCAGUAACCAAGCAUAACCCUGAGCUUCACUUUGAUGCAGAACAGCUAGUUGGGAGUCGGGCCCGCCUUUUGGGGAGCCUUCAGGAAGCCCUCAGUGCUGCUCGUGCCCUGGAAUAUGCUCUGGCUCGCCAACGCCUGGGAGCCAUGCUACAUACUUUACAGGAUUUCUACAGUCACAGCAACUGGGUAGAGCUGGGAAAGCAGCAGCCCCACCCUGAUCUUCUGUGGCCAGGAAGGAAGCUCAAGAACUUGGCACAGGUUGGGGACCUGAUGUGCUCUGACUGUGAAGAGCUGAGCUGCCCUGGAAAUUUGCUGAAUUCCAUAUUCCUUACCUCUGGCUAUUUUGGGGCAAAGCCUCCCAAACCUCCAGGGAAAUGUAGCCAUGGGGGCCAUUUUGACCAGGGCAGCCAUGAUAUACCCCGAGGGGGCAUCAACAAGGACAGCACAUCUCCAAUGUUCUCACCACACCAUGCUUUGCACCCUCAAGCUGCCCAGCUUGCUUUUCAGGCCUCAAUUCAAGCCCUAAAUCUACUCCGAGACCGCUUAGGGGAUACAGGAUUUUCCAGGCUCCUGCAAAUCUCUCCAGCCUCAGGCCUGAGUUUUGUCCUGGACACUACAGGCAGUAUGAGGGAAGAAAUUAAUGCAGCCAAAAUGCAGGCUCGGAAGAUCAUUGAUCAACAUCGUGGUGGUCCCAUGGAGCCUACCCACUACAUUCUUGUGCCUUUCCAUGAUCCUGGAUUUGGACCUGUCCUUAAGACCAGUGACCCUGAUGCUUUCUGGAAACAUCUUAAUGAGAUCCAUGCAUUGGGGGGUGGAGAUGAGCCUGAGAUGUGUCUGUCAGCCCUGGAGCUGGCCUUGCUCCAUACACCCCAGUUCUCAGAUAUCUUUGUCUUCACUGAUGCUUCCCCCAAGGAUGUUCAUCUCACUAGGCGUAUAGAGGCCCUGAGCCAGAAGCAGCAUUGCAAGGUGACAUUCUUGGUGACAGAGGACCCAUCAAGGCGGAUUAGAAGGGAGGUCCUUUUUCCAAAACGGUUUGAGCCAUAUGAGGCAAUAGCCAGGGCUUCAGGAGGAGAAGUCAUUUUUACCAAGGACAAGCAUAUUCAGAAUGUGGCAAGUGUGAUGGGGGAAAGCAUGAUGGAUAUGGUGACCUUAGCCCUUGUGCCUCCUGUCCUACCCUGUAAGGAACCUCUCGUAUUCCAUGUGGACAAGCUACUCCAUGGAGUCAUCAUCCAUCUCCAUGGAGAGAUAAGCACCUUCAGGAUCUCAGACCCCUCAGGUAUUUCUCAGGAUAUAUAUCAGGAUCAGGGGCCUCUGGGUCAUAUUCAGUGUUUUGGUCAGUUUUGGACAGUCAGCCUAAAAGACCCUCCUCAGGUUGGGGCCUGGCUGAUAGCCAUCACAGCACAGGGGACACCUGCAGUAAGAGUGAAAGCUAAGACUUCCCUGGAUUUCCUCUUCUCUUUUGGGAUUCCUAUUGAGAAUGGACCCCAUCCUGGCCUUUAUCCUCUAAGCCAACCAGUUACAGGUCUCCACACUCUGCUUCUAGUUGAAGUGAUGGGACUGGUUUCUGGCAUUCUUGAGAUGAAUCAUUUUUACAUUAUCCUUCGGGGCAGCUCCAAGGGUGAGGAGUUGGGCCAUGUGGCCUUGGAGCCCACUGGAAUCCCCAAACGGGGACUUUUCACUGCCCUCCUGGACCCUAAGCUUCUCCUCAUCCAAAGACCUUUCUUCCUGGAAUUGAUUGGCCAGGAUGAUAGGGGAUCCAGUCUUCAGAGAGUAGCCUCUCAACCUUGCAUUGUGGUUCCUGUCCUUCUUGAGCUCAGUGGUCCUUCUAAUUCUCUUAGCCCUGGCCACCAAGCUCUGCUUAGCUUCCGAAUCUCUAGCUUCUCAGGACCCUGGGAUCUCAUCAUUACAGCUUCUGUCAGGCCCAGCUUUCCCUUCACCUCCAACCUCUCUAGGGUUCACCUGGAGAAGAAUGAAUCUGUCUGGGGGCAAAUCUGGUUACAGGUUCCAGACUCAGCCACGCUGGACUCAUUAGUGACAGUGAUAGUGACAGCAGAAACCAUGUCCAACAACCCUUCCCCCUCUGCACAUGCUUUUCUUCAGCUCUUUGUGCAGUCCUUCUCCCAACAGGAGCAGCUGGAUGAUCCUGGCCCCUCCUCAAGACCAAGUCACAAUACAGCUGGACCAGAGCUGUACACUUCUACUCUGGAGCCACAAAGGGAUGGGGCUGCGGGAACCAUUAGAGCUGAGCCUUGGUGGAAGUUGCUGCUGAUGCUUAGCAUAGCAACCUGGUGAUAACCUUCCUGCCCACAUCCCCAAACAUGGUGCUGGGUAGAAAAGGGAGGCUGUGUCUAUGACCCUGUCCAGAUCUUAUUAGUGUGGGGCUCUGACCCUGCCCCUUCUCUACCUCCCAGAAGUUGGGGUUUCUCCUUCAAUUCAUGGCAUUCAUUUUGUUUUCUUUCAGUUAAAAGCAUUGGUGUGGAAGAGGUCAGGGGAGAGAAAAAUUUUCCUAUAAUGCAUUAUUUUGUCCUCUUUCCUUAUAAGCUUUUUUGGGAAUCAAAGAAAAGACUUGUUUUUGGAGAAAAUUAGUUUUGUUGCCUUAACCC